AUGGCUCCCGUCGUGUUCCCCAAUCCUGUCAGCUACGUUGCCGUGGCCGCCCCGGUUCUGCACGUUGCCGCCGUGGUAUACUUGACAUAUACUGUCGUUACCAGCCUGGCCACUUCAUAUCGAGCUCUGGGGCCCCCUCAGGACACGCGAUCGCGCCAAGGCAGGCGCUCCAAGUUGGUCCCCGUCUUUGCCGCCCUCGCAGUCCUCGCUGUCACCGUCGCAUCCUCUUCUGCUGCCGACGGUGCCAUUCUUUCCUACAGAGUAUGGGCCGACCAGCGUGGGCUCAAGGCUCCGCCGAGCUGGUAUCCGCACAAGAAUAGCCUCGGCCACAAGGACACCGAGCUUUAUCUCGGCCAGUGGCUCAGCGACACGCCAGUAUACAGGGACACCCUCGAGAUCGUGGCCGAGCGUAGUCGUCGCUUCUGGUGGGGCCAGCAGAUCGAUCUUGCGACGGUGGCCUGGAGUUCCUUUGUUGCUGUCGAAGGCCGCCGUCGUGGCAUUCGCAAUCUGCCAUCGUUCCUGACUCUGGCCCAUCUCGUCAACCUGUCCUAUGCUCAGAAUCUGUUCUACCUUGCUCUGCUGGUGACUCCAUCACCUUUGGCGACGAACCACCAAGAUCUCGUCUUCCCAAGCAACCCCCUGCCUAGAUGGCGCCGAAUCAGGAGCAGACUCUUUGCCUCCAAGCCCAACGCCUGGCACCCACGCCCAUUUAUCUUCUACAGCAGCUUGAUUCUCGGCUUGGGAUCCGUCUUCCUCCUCCCAUAUGCAGCAGGGACCCCGUCCUUUGCCGCAGUCGCCCUUCUCUCGCGAGCGUCGACAUUUAUUCCGGUGCUGGCACCGUACCUGGUUCCCACAAGCUGGGGCAAGGUCUACGCAACGCCGCAUGAGGCCUACAGCUCGCUGACGACCAUGUUCAGAUUCAUCUCUGCCAUGUCACUCAUCCUCCACGCCAAAGCCUCUGCAGUCGGCCUCGCCCACAAUGCACCCGACUCUCACUACCACAGACACAGCGCGUUCCUGCCCUGGGACAUUGACGAGCGGAGCAAGUGGGAGCGUGGCACGACGGCCAUAGGCAAGAUUCUCGGGUCCAUCAGCGACCAUCCCGCAGUUCAAGCUGUUGGAUUCGAUGUCUUGGUUAGUGCGUUCAGCCUCGGCGUCUGGGCCGCAACACGUGCUGCAGACGUGCGACGUAUUCUUGCUUCUGCUAUACCCGGUGUGUCCGCUGGGCAUGACGGAAAGGAGCCAGUGCCGGCCGCGAACACCAGCAGCAACCCCGAUGCCGUUGUCAGCCAGGGCUCUGACAACAACAGCAACAACAAUGAAGAAGAAGCAACUCCUGCACGACGUCGGCGGCAGACGCGGGCGAGCACCUCAAAGUCCACUCAAGAAGAAGCUCACAUCCCCGGCGCUCCCCGGCCAAGAAAAGGGCGGUCGUCGCAGAGAGCGCUGGCCAGCGUUCCACACGACAACAGCAACAACAGCAAUGGCGAUGUCAGUAGUGAAACCGCCGACCAGGCGUACGAGCCCAGUCCUGCCGAGGCCGCGGCCCUCCAGGAAGGCGACAUCUUGCCUGCCGAAGAGCUGGACUGGGAAGCGGGUGCUCUGGCAUGGGGCCUCACUGCACUUCUGGGCCUGGGCUCGGCGAGCUCGGGCGUGUUUGGAGCCGAGUGCACUGCGAGAUGA